AUGCUUUAUUUCAUAGGAAAAUAUCAUUGGCAUGUAUACAAAGAGGUUGGUGAUGAGAUAAGUCGUGUACGUAAUAAUGAUAAUACAUACAAAAAUUCGAAUAAAUAUCGUUAUCGAAUCAAAAAUCAACAAAACUUUUAUACUUAUUUCACAUUGUAUGGUAAAUCAUUAACUAGCCGUAAUGUAAAAGAUAAUCAACUACAAAUUGUUCUUCCGGCUACACAUAGUGCAAAUAUGGACAGAGCAGAUUCUGCAUCCGAUUAUCUUGAAAUUGAUUAUUUUGCAACAAUGACUGAAAUAAUUCAUAUUGAAAAUAUUGUUGAUGUAUUCAAUGAAAAGAAAAAAUCUAUGGAAGAACUUCUUAAUAAUUCACCAUUAGACCAAGAAAAAUGGUAUCGAAUUCAAAUGGAAAAAAUCAAUAGUCGAUUACCAAUAUGUCAAGAAGAUAUACCCGAUACUCGAGUACCGAAUUUUAUCCCAGAUAAUUGGCAAAUUGAAUUUCUUGAUGCUGUUGAUAAACAACAAUCAAUUAUAAUUGUAUCACCAACGAGUUCCGGUAAAACUUAUGCAUCAUAUUAUGCUAUGAAUAAAGUACUCAAAUAUCGAGAUGAUUCAAAUGGUAUUUUUGUAUAUGCAGCACCAACGAACGCACUUGUUAAUCAAGUUGCCUUUAGAAUUUUAUCUGUUUUUCUUUCGUUGAUCAAAAUCAAUCUAUGA